AGAAAUAUUUGAAGCCUUUGAAAGGUACCAGAAACAGAGAGAGAAAACUAAUUUGACCUCAAAGCCUUCGACGCUCACAGAUUCGCGUUAAAAUUAGUGAAGGUGUUAAUCAGUUACCCUUGAUAAUUUCCCAAGGGUGGCUUUUUUGUUUCUCUGUAGUUUUCAGGCUCAAUAAAGUUGUUUGGUUACUUCUGAUUUAACAUGGAACCUAACACACCCAAUGACAAUGGUUUGGCACCACCUCCCUAUGCACCACCCCCGUACUCAGGAGAUGCAUCAGCUCAACCCCAGUACCCUCCCCCUGGCCAGGGGUAUGGUUGGCAACAGCCACCACCACCCACAGCAUACCCAGGCCCUCCACAGCCGUAUGCAGGUGUCCCACCUGAAAAAACAGGACACCAAACACAGCCCCCUAGCUACCAUGCACAGCUUCCACCUGGACAGCCUGGUUAUCCUGGACAGCCUGGUUAUCCUGCGCAGCCUGGUUACUACCCAAGUUAUCAACAAGGUUAUGUUCCUCCUAUAACAACUCAACAAACAAACUCUGUCACUGUUGUGCAAGGGGGCGUUGGACCCAGUGUUAUUUUGGCACCACAGCUAGCACCCCCUGAUUACUGUUUCUUGGCCUGGUUUGCAUGUCUCUUCUGUUUUUGCCCAACUGGAAUUUGUGCCAUAUUGAAAUCCAAUGAGACACGUGAUGCCAUUAUUCGAGGAGACUUUGCUACAGCCAAUAUGUUGAGCAUGGAGGCCAGGAAGUUGGCAAACUUGUCAAUUGGCAUAGGAAUAACUCUCUUUGUUGUGGGCAUGAUUGUUCGCUUUGUAGCCUUCACUGCUACUUCGUAAACAUGAGGACAUGACAUCUUUUAUAUCUUAUCCAAAGAGAAGUUAACUUUGGUUGUAUGGAGAAUUUUUUAGACCCUAGGUGCCAAAAAAAAAUUAGGUUUGAAAGAAUUUAGAAACAACUAAUUCUAGACCCUCACGUCAUGAUUAGGUUGUAAAUCAAUAAUCACUUUAAACAUUCAAAUUGUUAGCUUUUUAAAGUGUACUUGGUGUUUUUCACAAAUCUAUUUUUGUCAACUUUAGGUUGAUAAUGGAGGUAGUCUGCCAGCUUUUUUAUUAUGGUAGAGUAAACAUAUUGAUUAUUAUGUAUUUGCUGAUUGAUUCCAUCAUUGUGCAGGCACUCACUUAUAGCUCAUUAUAUAAGUUGGUCAGGCAAUGAAAGGAUGUGGUAGCUGGGUGAUACAUUCAUAUCUCAGCCCAAGGCUUCAAGCUGCUACCAAUAUGGUCUCCAGGCUGAGAAAACAAUUCGAUGGCUAAAUUUGCAACAAAAUUGCCAAUUUGGUGACUUAUGUUUGGCAUCCAUGUAACUUAUGGUCUUUAGUUAGAGAUAAACAUUUACACAGAAAACUGAGUAAUCCUGUUUUUUUUUUUUUUUUUUCUUCAUUUCUUCUUUCUGCCUUUGAAAAUUUCUUUUUCUGGUGAAAACAUUAUGAUUUCUGGUCACCAAUUGGUUAAUUUGAGAGUAGUGAAGCAUGGAGCCCUGCACCACCACUGAAGGUUGUCACCAUAAAGUAAUGUAAUUACUUAAAAUACGCCAGCUGCUCUGUCUUUUUCGUAAGGGAUGAAGGAUUUAGAUAUUGGUACUUUGAGUAACUCUCUUUGUUGUCAUGAUUUACUGCUGGUAAUAGGGAGGUGGUCUCUCUAAGUGGCCAUGCCAGGCAAGGAUGAUUUUUGAGAAUUUUAAAUGAUUGCCUGAUUUUUAAUCAAUGCCUUAAGGUUUGGAGCCAAGAAUUCUGUUAAGUUUAGAAGGGAAAACACUAACAAACAAAGUUACUUUCACUUGCUUGCUGCUAUGUUGAAUGAAAAGUUAUAAGCUAUCAUACAUAAGCUGUCAUACAGUAAUAGUGAACAAGUGAAGAUCAAAGGUCUUUUGUAUGCUGAUUCUCCCAAAGCUAUUUAGUCCUAGUGCUGAACAAUCAACUUAAGCAAUUUUUUUAAAUUUGUUUUUGAAUUGAAAUAAUGCAGUUGGAGUAUUAUUAUCAUAUGAAUGUUAUUUAGAGUAUAUUGUCCUUUAGAGGCAACAAUAGUUCACAGAUUCUUUAGCUAUUAAAUAUACUUUCUCCAGAAAAAAGAU